CAUAUCAUAAAUGAGGUGACUUCAAAAACCGUGACAAAAUGUCACGAUCAGAUUAAUGUAGAGUACAUUGGCCGUGCUAGCUCUGCUGAUGCUGAAAUAAUUAAAAAAACUGGACUCGAUCUUUGGAUAAACUCUGAAUCCUCACAAAUCGAAAAUGCUGAUAAUCAUCUUUCACGAGACUGCAUCAAGAUUUCUAAGUUUCCGGAAGAGAAAGGUAUAAUUCGUGAAACAGUACAUAAACGAUUUCCUUUCUUGAGAUAUAUUAAAUUGAAUGCAUGGUAUCGAGAUGUUUUUAAAUAUACAGAUCCAGAAGCUAAAUGUCUGAUAUGCAAUGAAGUACAUACACGUUUAGGUAUAUGGGAUGAUUGGAGCUGUCUAGGUAAAAAUGAUCACUAUUUUCUUAAUUGCCCUUUUCGCAUUGAUCAAAAGAAAGUUAUAAUUGUUGUACAAAGUUUGCUGAAAAUUCAAGUAAGUGUAUCAAACAAAACCCGUAACUCAUCAAUUCAUCCAAACAAAAUUCACCUUUAUCAAUAUGCCAUCGAAUAUGGAAUGGAUCCCGAGAAAUUUUCGGUUAUUACAGAGGCUGAGAAAAAAAGAUGGGAUAGAAAAUAUUUUCGUGAGGACUUGAAGAGGGAUAUACGGUUCUAUCGCGGUGGAAUAGAGAGGAAGGAAGAUUCUAGAAAAUAUUGCAAAUUUUUAACAGAUCGGGAAAGACUAGUUGGUGAAGAAUUAUUACGUCGUAGUAUAUUAGAAAGUGGUUUAAGUACU